UUCAGCGCUUCGAGCACGAGGUGAUUAUUUUCCAUCACCAUCGCUACUGAGCUGGCUUGAGAAGGUCUUCCACAUGGCGGAAUCCUCAGUACGACCACGGAGCGUUCUGACAGAUGGCAAAGACGGCCAAUGGCAUGCGGUGCUGAUAGUACUGUGCAUGCAGGUAUUUGACGAGGAAUCACUCUUGCAGAAGAUAGACAGGUCAAAGAGAUCUGCAGAGAGCUUGGCAAACGCGGCUCUCGGAGCAGGGGCCAGCCGCCAGCCACGUUGCCAAUUGCGAAAGGAGGAGAAGCAAAGUGGACCUGCAUUGUGUUUCAUCAAGCACGGGAGAGUGUCUGAAGACAGGAAAAGUCGUUGGCUAGCAUAUUUCCUACAUAGACUGUUGUAACUCUCCCGAACGAGAAAGUAUUGGUGCAUGUCUGCUACGCUGUCCAACGACUUGAUUCAUACGCAUUCUCGGUCUCAUAUUGUGGAUAUCGAUAACAACGAGCCGAACGAUUACCGUCUGGACACGUUUAUACCUAGAGAAAACAGAAGACCACGACCCAUCGACGUAGGUGUAGCCAACUCCCACCACUCGCGCCCGGUAGACAUAUCUUUGGCCGCUUCGCCUUCUCCGAUGCCCAGGAAAGCAAACGGCGGUACCAGCAGACCUAGCAGGGCGACGGGCUCUGCUCCCUCGUCAGCCUCGUCGACCACCGACGACGCCAACAUGUCUGGCAACCUGCUCGAACAACGGCGCAAGCAUGCCUCGCUCGAAUCUCCCGACUCUGCCACCAUGACGGCCAACCUCAUGAGCAGGAGCUCCUUCACCCUCGACAAUGCCCCUCCACCGACGACACACCCCGAGGCCGCGUCCAAAGGCUUCACAGACCUGCCCGAGCAAGACAAGCGCAACUUCUUACUACUGGUCUUGUUGUACUUCCUGCAGGGCAUCCCCAUGGGCCUGGCCAGUGGCUCGGUCCCUUUCCUCCUGAAGUCGCAUCUUUCAUACGGCCAGAUUGGCAUCUACUCGCUCGCUUCAUAUCCCUACUCGCUCAAGCUAUUAUGGUCGCCGAUCGUUGACGCUGUCUGGACACCGCGAUUUGGCAGAAGAAAGAGUUGGAUUCUCCCCAUCCAGACAAUCAGCGGUCUCGGCAUGAUCUGGCUCGGUUCGCACGUCGAAGUGAUGAUGGUCAAGGCUGGUGAGAACGGCGGUGCUGGUGUCUGGAACUUUACAGGCUGGUGGUUCGCGCUGGUCUUGAUGUGCGCCACUCAAGACAUCGCUGUUGACGGCUGGGCACUUACGCUCCUUUCUCCCUCCAACCUCUCUUACGCCAGUACCGCUCAAACCGUAGGCCUUACCGCUGGCCAGUUCCUCUCCUACACCGUCUUCCUUGCUCUUUCUUCCAAGGACUUUGCCAACAAGUGGUUCCGCAGCGCUCCUGGAGAGACUGGCCUUCUGACUCUCGGCGGCUACCUUAGCUUCUGGGGCUGGGCCUACCUCCUCGUGACACUCGGCCUCGCUCUGCUCAAGAAGGAAGACAAGACCAAGGAAAGAGACGGCAUCAUGGAGGUUUACAGAGUCAUGGGCGGUAUCUUGAGCUUGAAGAACAUUCAGACAUUCAUCGUCAUCCAUCUCAUUGCGAAGAUUGGCUUCCAGGCGAACGACGCCGUCACCAACCUCAAGCUUCUGGAAAAGGGCUUUAGCCAAGAGGAUCUUGCUCUGACAGUCCUCAUCGAUUUCCCCUUCGAAAUUUCGCUGGGUUACUAUGCUGGAAAGUGGAGUGAGCAGUACGCUCCCAUGCGACUCUGGUGUUGGGCUUUCGUCGGCCGCCUAAUUGCUGCUGCCUUUGCCCAAUUCACCGUCAUGAUCUUCCCUAGUGGCGGUACCAACCUGCCCUACCUUUGUGUUGUCAUUGUCGAGCACGUCUUCAGUACCUUUAUGAGUACCGUCAUGUUUGUCGCUGUCAGCGCUUUCCACGCCAAGAUUGCCGACCCUCAUAUUGGUGGUACUUACAUGACCCUUCUUGCCACCGUCUCCAAUCUCGGCGGCACAUUCCCUCGUUUCUUCAUCCUGAAGUUUGUCGACAUGUUCACAGCAGCCACCUGCGUACCCGCCAGCAUCCCCCCUCCCGACUUCAAAGGUGACUUGAUCACCAAGCCCUUCUCCUGCGCUCUCGAGAACGACCGCCAUAUCUGUGUCAACGGCGGUGGCACCUGUAACAUCACCACCGAUGGCUACUACAUUGUCAAUGUGCUUUGCAUCAUCAUCGGCGUUGUCACUUUCUGGGGCUACAUCAAGCCUAAGGCUUUACAAUUGCAAAGUCUGCCUUUGAGAGCAUGGAGAAUUGCUGAUCAAUAGAAAAAGACACGGUCUGCGUUAUAUUGUGGUUUUUACAUUCUUUGGGAGUCUGCAUUGGAUUUUCCAUGUUUUUGGAAAUAAGAAAAAGCGAGUAGAAAGCAUCAUGGUUCGUUCUCAUAGCAUAGUCAAUCACUUUACAUCACAGCGAUCUUUUGCAAGGCCUGUAUGUACAACCGUUUUACUCUAGCAGAACGCUGAACGUGCAUAGAAGGUAUAGCGGAAAUUACAGGGAAGAAAGCGUCAUGAAG